UAAUUUUUAUACAUAAAUAAUAUAAUUUUAUUGGGAAUUGAUUAAACCAUUUUUUACUCUUAUUUACUAUUAUUAUGAUUGUUGUUAGAUAAAAUAAAUUUUAUACACGUAUUUAAGAUUUUGAUUAAAUAUUAAUUUUACGGGUUUUUGUGGUAUUUUAAAGUGUUGUAAGAAAUGACUAAAACAGCACCAACGACGCAGACAGGGCCGUCGGAGUCCAAGGCGACAUCAACAGUCCCAGGUUAUUUAAAAUCAACUAAAGGCGCACGAACCACAUCAUCGCUAUCAAAGACUUGGCAACCGUGCGAGGGUCCGAUGGGCGUUCGACAGAAUCCGUGGACCCCAACCACUCGCCGAGGACCUAUCGCAGCUGAGGCCUCAAGUCCAGGCCCAGCAGUCGUAUCACUCCCCUCACUUAUAGGUAAACCACCGCAGGAAUCUCGCAGACCUCGCGCUCCAGCUUUCACCUUUGGCCACAAGCUUGAUCCCCCCGGCACCAACACCAGGUUUGGCCCUGGACCUGCCACAUACAACACAGAAGGAAUGACAGCUAAAGGGCGGUCCGGUGCGCCGGCGGUGUCCCUGCACGGUCGCUGGCCGCCGCCUCGCGUCGCACCGACUCCUGCGCCGUGCGACUACGAGCCGAUCAAAGCCGUCCGGGCCGUCUACGAUCACGCUCCGGCUUUCUCCAUCGGCUUACGAGUGAAUCCCCCUCAGCCCGCCGGCAAAACGCCAGCGCCGAACACAUAUUCUAUGCCCCCUGUGCUUGGUGAAGCAAAGGAGGGUGGUAAACGCGCAGCACCAGCUUUUAGCAUCACAGGUCGUGGUAAAACCUUGGAGUCGAAGGCCCCGUUGCCGGGACCCGGCACCUAUACCACGGAUAAAGCAUCCGCAGUGCUCACAAAGCGCCCCCCUGCUUUUACCAUUGCACCAAGACGAGAGACCAAGCCACCGACGGCCAUCGUACCCGGACCCGGAGUCUAUUGCCCCGAAAAGGGUAAGAAAACUGUGCGCGACAAAAUCACAAGAAACACCAUUUCAAGAAAAAUGAAGUUCGAAAGGACAGAGCAAGUUCCUGCACCUAACGCUUAUUGCCCUGAAAAGGCUGAUAGAGUAUUAAGAGAAAAAUCACCAGCUUUCUCAUUUGGUACUAAAACAGAAAUCAUUAAAAUUCAAAAUGCACCUGCUCCUAAUGUUUAUUCACCGGAAAAAGCGCUUCAUUCUUUAAAGAAUGGACCUAAAUAUACCUUGGCUGGUAAAGGUAUAGCUGAAAAGCAUGAAGUGACACCAGGUCCUAAUUAUUACACCCCUCAGAAAGCUGAUAAAAUACUACAUGGAAGUUCUCCAGCAUACACAAUGCGCUCAAAGGAAGUAGUUGAAAAGUUCGAACAAACACCAGGUCCGAAUGUUUACGCACCAGAAAAAUCUAUGCAUAUGCUGAACGGCGGCCCUAAGUACACUAUGUCGGGCAAAGGAGUAUGUUCAAAGUUAGAACAAACCCCAGCACCUAAUAGCUACUGUCCUGAGAAAGCUGACAAAGUUCUACACGAGAGUUCUCCAGCUUAUUCAUUCAGAAUUAAAGAUCAAACAGUUGUAAGGAGCGAUUCUCCAGCCCCUAAUGUGUACGCACCAGAAAAGUCAAUUCAUAUGUUAGACAGCACUCCUAAAUUUACCAUUAGUGGCAAAGGUCACAAUGAAAAGAUUGAGAAUACUCCGGCUCCUAAUGCUUAUUGCCCUGAUAAAGCAGAUAAAAUUCUACACGAGUCGUCACCGGCUUACACGUUUAGAGUAAAAGAUCAAGUACAUAAACCUGACAACACUCCAGCACCUAAUGUCUAUGCACCAGAGAAUUCUGUGAAAAUGCUUCACAGUGCACCCAAAUUCAGCAUUGCUGGAAAGGGUCAUACUCCAAAAACCGACUAUGUCCCGGCUCCAAAUGCUUACAACCCUGAUAAAUCAGAUAAACUCCUCCACGAAUCAUCACCUGCCUAUACUUUCAGACCAAAGGUUGGUUUGGAUAAGCCUAGUGACACUCCAGCACCAAACAAUUAUGAUCCACAUUUGUUGGAUGGAACGCCUAAAUUUAGUUUAUAUGGAAAAGGCCACGAUCCCAAAAUUUCUGAUACACCGGGACCCAACGCUUAUGAUCCACAUUUGUUGGAUGGAACGCCUAAAUUUAGUUUAUAUGGAAAAGGCCACGAUCCCAAAAUUUCUGAUACACCGGGACCCAACGCUUAUGAUCCUCAUCUGAUAGAUGGAACACCUAAAUUUACUAUUUCAGGAAGGCCUCAUGCGGGUAAGCCGUCAGACGUACCGGCACCCAACGCUUAUGACCCUCAUUUACCUGAUGGUACCCCCAAAUUCUCUUUAGCUGGCAAAGGUCACGAUGGAAAGCCCUCUGACACACCAGGGCCGAAUUACUAUGAUCCCCAUUUACCUGCUAAUUCCCCAAAGUACACAAUUUCUGGUAAAGGGCCUGAUGGAAAACCUUCUGAUACUCCUGGUCCUAAUGUCUACGAUCCACACCUACCUUCCAAUACACCUAAAUAUACCAUAUCUGGCAAAGGACCAGAUUCUAAAGUUUCUGACAAUCCUGCACCUAAUAAGUAUGAUCCUCAUAUUUUGAGUAGUACUCCGAAAUUCACCAUUGCUGGCAAGGGGCAACCAGGCAAGAUUGAAAACUAUCCAGCUCCAAAUGCGUAUAACCCAGAUAAGGGUGACAAAUUACUGUUGGAGAGUUCUCCUGCAUAUUCAUUUAGAACAAAACAUCCAUUACAUAAACCAGAAGAUACGCCUGGUCCUAAUGCUUACGAUCCCAGUAAGUAUGACUACAUGCUGGAUGGUGCUCCUAAAUACACUUUUGGCUCAAAGGGUCCUGCUGAAAAACCAUCGAACAAUCCAGCUCCUAACGCUUACAGUCCAGAAAAAGCUGACGGGGUAACACAUGAACAUGCUCCGUCUUAUACAUUCCGACCAAAGAUUGCUAAUGACAAAAUACCGAAUACGCCUGGCCCGAACGCUUACAAUCCCGAAAAAGCCGAUGUUGUUACACAUGGCCACUCUCCAGCGUACUCAUUGGCUCCAAAAGGCAAGGAUGCAAAAAUAAACGAUACUCCCGCUCCCAACGUAUACAGUCCUGAAAAAGCCGAUAGGAUUUUGUUGGACAGUGCGCCACGAUACUCGUUCAGAAUAAAAACCAACCCUCACAAGCCUGACAAUGUUCCUGCGCCUAACAGCUACAAUCCAGAUAAAGCUGACAAAGUGUUGCUGCAUUCUGCUCCUCAAUAUACGUUCAGAGUAAAGACUGACACCGUGAAACCAGUUGACACUCCAGCUCCAAAUUCCUACAAUAUUCCGACGCCGGUCGAAACCCCGUUGUAUACAAUUUCGGGUAGACAUAAGGAACCAAUAGAUGAGCGCCUGAAGGUCCCAGCUCCGGGAACUUACAACCCUGAGAAGGGUUACAAGUUCAUUUUGACUUAUUCUCCACAGCACACUUUUGGUAUUAAAAUACAAACAAAUAAAUUCGCUGAUACCCCUGCUCCGAAUUCAUACCGCAUCCCGUCCGUGUUGGACACUCCGGUGUACACGAUAUCGGGACGUCAUAAGGUGCCUGUGGACGACCGCACGCGAGUUCCCGCGCCUGGCACCUACUCCCCCGAAAAGGUGCAGAUCAACAAAACACCGCAAAUAACUUUCGGCAUCAAACACUCGCCUUUAUUAGGACAACUGAGACCUUUAGAACCUCGUCCUUCCGAGAGAACCACUCCGUCCAGUAAUACUACAAAGGAAGUUAAAGUCACACAAGUUCAAAGAACUGUUACCAAACAGGUCCCGAACCAAAUUGAAAACAACAAGAGAGUUGAUCACGAAAAUGUUGUUGAUAUCAAUGAGACCAAUCAAAUCUAUGACUCUCGUGCGCAUGUGACGCAAGUAAGACACGACAGUGAGAUUAGAAGUACAACAGUUUCACCCGAACCUGUUCAGCAUCAAGACACUCUUACCCAAGAAAUUGUAUGGAUUCCUGAGAAGCCCGUCCGUCGCGGUUCCUACACCAUUGAAAAGACCGAUGGAAAUGGUUUUUACGAGAAGUACCAAAACAGUGACGUCAUUCCAGUUGAGAACGGAGUUAUAAGAACAGCUGAACAAGGAGAAAGAGGUGCCAGGUGCUCUGAGGAGAGGAGUAGCGAAGUGAUUAAGGACGGUUACGAACAGAAUAUCGAAAAGAACGUGAGGAAUGCCACUGCUCAUGAGCAGAAACAGGCAGCUACUGAAGAAGUACGUUCGAACACUGAUGUCCAGAAACUUGCCAACGGUGGUAUUUCUAAGACGACAACCACAACUACUAUUAGGAAGGUGGGAACUGCAGCCAGAACCGCUAAUGAGACUACUGCAGUGACCCGUACGGCUACCGUCGUGACGUCACGUGAUAUUGGCGUCAAGUAAUGCAACCACGAAGGACGGCGCCCAUUUUAGCUGUAGUAUGAUCCUACUUAUUAAUAAUUUACAAUAUUUUCGUAGCGAUUAACAAUUAUGUCGCAUUGAUCUUUCUAUGAUGACGAAAGCUUUAUUCUAUUUUAAUGCAAGCUAUUUUUAUUAAUUUAUUUACAUAAAAUGUUUCUGAUUCGUUUUUCUAUCCAUAUAAUAGAAAUACGACAUCUCUUGAUUUACAAAUUUUAUCUAAGUUUCUUUAUAACUCUAUUGAGAUUUGAUUAUAAGGAAAAAUAUUUUUCGACAAUUAACAUUAAGAACUAAUAUUGUUACAAUGUGAAAAUUUUAUUAAUUUAAUAAAGUUUUUAUUACAA